AUGUCUGAUUCUGCUGCCCCAACUAAUGCUAGUGGUAAAGAAGAAACCGCUUCUAAGCCACCAACCUCUGCUGUUUUCUCCAUGUUUGGUGGUAAGAAAGCUACUCCAGCUAAGGAAGAAAAAAAAGAUGAUGAAGAUAAAGAAGAUAAAGAUGAAAAGAAAAAAGAAGGUGAUGCGGAAAAUGAAGAAGAACCAGACGUUCAUUUUGAACCAGUUGUUCAUCUUGAAAAAGUUGAUAUUAAAACUCUAGAAGAAGAUGAAGAACAAUUAUUCAAAGUUAGAGCUAAAUUAUUUAGAUUCGAUGGUGAUGCUAAAGAAUGGAAAGAAAGAGGUACUGGUGAUUGUAAAUUCUUAAAAAAUAAAGCUACUCAAAAAGUCAGAUUAUUGAUGAGAAGAGACAAAACUUUGAAAAUUUGUGCUAACCAUAUCAUUGCCCCAGAGUAUGAAUUGAAGGCUAAUGUUGGUUCUGACAGAUCUUGGGUUUACACAUGUACAGCUGAUAUUGCUGAAGGUCCUGCAGAAGCUUUUACUUUUGCUAUUAGAUUUGGCUCUAAAGAUAAUGCUGAUAAAUUCAAAGAAGAAUUCGAAUCAGCUCAAAAAUUAAAUAAAUAA